CGUGAGCAGAUAAUAAUUUAUUGUUUUUGAGUAAUAACAAUUUUGAGUCACAGCCUGCCGACAUCCAGGAUUUUUAUUUCAAGCCUUACAGUUAUCAAUCCAAAUAAUUUACUUGUUCCUGUUCGAAGUAUCACAUGAUAGUCUAUGAAUUCAACCAGAAAAAGUAGAACUUUGACAAAGAAGAAGCCCAGUGACCAUCUAUCGCCGGCGACGAGAGGGGCUUCUCCGUGCAAAAUUGAUGGUGACUCUGGCAGAAAGAUCAAAUUAGCUGCCAUCCAUAAAGCUUUACUGUCGGAUCCAGUAGAUGUAGCCACAUUGCGCAAACUUGCCAUCAGUCAUGGUGGACUACUGAAUGAUGAACUCCGAAGAAAGGCCUGGCCGAAAUUACUAAACGUAAAUGUUUUUGAAAUUCCACCCAAACCAGAUGCAGACGUAACCAGUCAUCGCGAUUACCACCAAGUUGUACUAGAUGUGAACCGAUCAUUAAGGAGAUUCCCACCAGGGAUGCGAAAUGAUCAGCGAGAAGUGCUACAAGAACAACUCAUCAACGUCAUUGUCAGGGUUUUGUUGAGAAAUAAACAACUGCAUUAUUAUCAGGGAUAUCAUGACAUCUGUGUAACCUUCCUACUUGUAGUUGGACAAGAUUUAGCAUUUGCUUUGAUUGAAAAAUUAUCAACCCAUCAUCUGAGAGAUUUCAUGGACCGUACAAUGGACAGUACAAAACAUAUAUUAAACUAUUUACUACCUAUCAUUGGAAAGGCUAACCCUGAACUCAGAGAAUUUAUGGACAGGUCUACCGUUGGUACAGUAUUUGCCUUAGCCUGGUUGAUUACGUGGUAUGGCCACGUACUGAGCGAUUUUCGUAGUGUUGUUCGGUUGUACGAUUUCUUCUUGGCCUGUCAUCCUCUCAUGCCUGUUUACUUAGCAGCUGCAAUUGUGUUACAUAGAGAGACUGAGGUGCUGAGUGGCGAGUGUGAGAUGACAUAUGUACAUAGUUUACUUUCUAAAAUACCGCAAGAUUUACCAUUUGAAAACCUUAUAAGCAGAGCUGGUGAUUUAUUUGUACAAUAUCCGCCGACAGCAUUGGCGAAAGAAGCACGGUUACAGUAUAAACAAAGUUCAACUUUAUCCAAACACGACGAGUUUGAACAGACAUCCCUACGACAGAGACCAGACACAAUACUGAGACAGAGAAAAAAGGGCAAAUUAACGACGAGUCAGCUGAAAGAUAUCAACAAGAAAGAGCACAGUCCAGUCGUGAAGGUUGCUAUAUGGGCAAUCACUGCAUCGGUUGGUGCCGCACUGUUUGCUGUCUUGAACACUGCAGCUGAAUGGAUGUGA